GCCAACAAUUCAGCAGGUGCUAGGAAGGACUGCUCACACAUGCGGCGUCUCCAUAGACGGCAAUGCAUUUCCAAAAGGAUUUAGCUGAAGGAAUGAACAUGUCCAUUCUUUAUGUCGAAUUUGGAUUUCCACGGUAGAGUUUUCCGCUGAGGAAAGUUUGCCAUGUGCAUUGUGCAGCAGUAUCUCAUGAAAAACAAUGCUAUAGGUCCAUCAUUUACUGGAAUUCUUAUCACUGACCUUUUAUGUGGAUCCCAUGUUCAGAUGUUUGACCAAAGCGACAGCUGCCUAUCAAAUGGAUUCCCACCAGGAGAGAGAACAGAGGCAGAGAUACAACUGUACAUACUCAGAACUCCUGCAGACUCUUAGCGUCUUUCAGUGGAUAUUGACCUUUUUGCUACUUGGCCCAGUGUGUGCUCUUCUGGUCAGCUGGGUUAUAUACAGCAGACUAUGGCCGUUAUUUGCCAUUUAUAUCAUCUGGAUGAUCUCUGAUUGGAAAACACCAGAGAGGGGUGGAAGAAAAUCUCUUUGGAUGAGUAAAUGGACCAUGUGGAAACAUUUUAAAGAUUAUUUCCCAAUUAAGCUCCAUAAAAUGGCAGAACUAGACCCAAAACACAACUAUAUUUUUGCCUACCACCCUCACGGCAUCAUGAGCAUUGGCGCCUUCUGUAACUUUGGAACAGAGAGCACUGGAUUUUCCCAAAUAUUUCCUAACAUAAAGCCACAUCUGACCACAUUAGCAGGAAAUUUUAAGGUGCCUUUUUACCGAGAUUAUCUACUGGCUGCAGGUAUGUGUUCUGUUACCCACUCCUCCAUAGACUACCUACUCUCCAGCCAUGGUUCUGGUAACGCAGUAAUUAUUGUCAUAGGUGGAGCAGCAGAGGCAUUGAACUGCGCUAGGAAUAAACAUAUACUGACCUUGAAGAAGAGAAAGGGGUUUAUCAGGAAGGCCUUGGCUAAUGGGGCAUCCUUGGUCCCUGUGUAUUCAUUUGGAGAGAAUGAAGUACUUGAGCAGUAUCACUUUGAACCCGGUAGCUGGAAAAGGACCCUACAAGAAACAUUCCAGCAAUGGAUUGGUUUUGCACCUUGUAUCUUCUUUGGACAAGGAUUCUUUUCCAGUGCUUCCAAAGGAAUAAUGCCCCUUCGAAAAGCCAUCAACACCGUGGUUGGUAAACCUAUCCCUGUGCCUAAAGUGGAAAAUCCCUCCGAGCAGCAGGUGGACACGUAUCACACAAUGUAUAUAAAAAGUCUACGAGAACUUUUUAAUGCUCACAAGGAACAGUUUGGUCUUCAACAAAGUGACUCUUUGAUGGUGGUAUGAGAACAGAGUGGACCAAUGAGACUAAAUGGACCAAAGGCCAACAAUGCAGUGAUGAUGAACUUGACUGCUAGCAAUAUCAGAAUAUGUUAUGGUUUUCCAUAACACCCGCUAGUUGAGACAUCCAGGGGUACUUAUAGGGGUACUCCGCUGCUCAGCGUUUGGAACAAACUGUUCCGAAAGCU